AUGGAAGAUGGAGAAGGCAGUGGCUAUGCACGAGGGUCUCCUGUUUGCGCAGCGGAGUGGCUUUCAGCUUGGUCGUUCGGAGUGUCGUUCGUUGUGCCUAGUUCUAAGUCUUUUAAUGGAUUUUGGAAGUUGAAGAACAGAGAUUUGGCUGCUGAGGAAAUAAUCAGAGAGCGAAGGGUGGCGAUAAUGAAUGGUAAACUUAAAGGAAGACGGCGGCUUUUUAAGGCAGUGGAGAGGGAAACUGAGUUGGGAUUGGAUUGGAAUCGUUUGAACAUGCUUCGUGAAAGAGAAGUGAAUGAUGAAAACUUGAAGAAAAAAGAAGAUUUUGGGACUUUAUUUCGUCCUUCUUGUUCUUUUUCGGGUUCUUCUUUGUCAGAUGAGAAGGUGGAGAUUAGUGAGAGGGUGGUAGUGGAAGGGGAGAAGAAGGUGGAGGUGAGCGUGGCGGAGAAGGGAGGAGCAAGUAGAAAUUUAAGCGUGGGUGGUGGUCAAAGGUUCAUGCUUGCAUUAGCUUGGUUUGCUAUUAUAGCAAUGCUAUUUACUAUUGGUCUAAUCAUCUCAAUGAGUUGCAGUGGUAUAUAUGUGCUUGAGAAAGAAGCAAUUCUUGUUCCAACAUGA